AUAACAGCAACAGUAGGAGGAGGAUGAGCCGUGGGACCGCCCCACUCUCCCACAGAUAUAAAUAGGAGGUGGAUUUUUUUACUCCACUCAUUUCUCCUGAAGGAUGAGAUCCCUGAAACACCUCAAACAUCACUCCAGGAACAAUGUGGAGGAGGAGAGCAGUCGCUUGGUGCGGAGCUACCCCAAGAUGACUGAGGGCCAAGUGGAUGUGGGCACGCAGACGGAGCCUGUAGUGGUGCUAUCUCUGGCUCAGGCAGCCGUCCUCGGCCUCAUCUCCCAGAACGAAAUCUUUGGGGCCACGAUUGCUCCCAACGGCUUCUACACUGGAGAGCCCAGAGAGUGUCCUCCUCCUCCACCCGAGGCAGUGGAGUACGAGUACGCUGACCAGCUGAUUGGGGCCAACGGGGAUUACCUGGCGGAGCCUGCUGGGGACCCGGAUCCCCAGCCCCACUGCAGUGAGAGGCGACGGCCGGGGCCUCGAGGGAGGACCAAGAGGCCCAGGAGUGACGCCGAAUCAGAGAGUCACCCACACAAAGUACCGAGUCCACACGCUCAGAUUAAAGGUGAGAGACUGGAGUCUGAUGCCCCUCCUUCCUGCAUCCACAUUAACAGCGGACGAAGUCCUGGCAAGGCAGGGGAUUCGGUCGCCCAGCAAGGGUCUCUGAAAGAGGAGCAGGCCUGUGCAAACUGUCCGUCAUGUGCGAGAGAGACGCCCCGGUCACAAACAGAGGGACCGCAAGAACAGGCACAAGACGAAAGUACUGGCAGAGAAAAAGACAGGAAGGAAGAAGAGUUGGUGGUAGAGGAAGAGGAGGAGGAGGAGGAGGCACUGAACCUCAAGACAAGCGCAGAUAACGGCAGCCCUCUGGAGAAUCGCUAUUACGAGUCCAACGAAGUGGCCUACGAGUCGGCCGACAUGAAUCUGCCGGGCGACUACGAGGAGAACGGCCAAGCCAUGCUGUGGUCCGACCCGGAGGGCCUCGCCAGGCGCAUGCAGAUCGACCGGCUGGACAUCAACGUGCAGAUCGACGAGUCGUACUGCGUGGACGUGGGCGAGGGCCUGAAGCGCUGGAAGUGCCGCAUGUGCGAGAAAUCCUACACGUCCAAAUACAACCUGGUCACUCACAUCCUGGGCCACAACGGGAUCAAGCCCCACGAAUGCCUGCACUGCGGGAAGCUGUUCAAGCAGCCCAGCCACCUGCAGACCCACCUGCUCACGCACCAGGGCACCCGGCCGCACAAGUGCACCGUUUGCGAGAAGGCCUUCACGCAGACCAGCCACCUGAAGAGGCACAUGCUGCAGCACUCGGACGUCAAGCCCUACAGCUGCCGCUUCUGCGGCCGCGGCUUCGCCUACCCCAGCGAGCUGAGGACCCACGAGAACAAGCACGAGAACGGCCAGUGCCACGUGUGCACCCAGUGCGGCCUGGAGUUCCCCACCUACGCGCACCUGAAGCGGCACCUGACCAGCCACCAGGGCCCCACCACGUACCAGUGCACGGAGUGCCACAAGUCCUUCGCCUACCGCAGCCAGCUGCAGAACCACUUGAUGAAGCACCAGAACGUGCGGCCCUACGUCUGCCCCGAGUGCGGCAUGGAGUUCGUGCAGAUCCACCAUCUCAGACAGCACGCCCUCACUCACAAGGUACUGGCAGCGCCCGCCCUCGCACUCAAGGGCAUGAAAGAAUUCAAAUGUGACGUGUGCUCCCGAGAGUUCACUCUGUCUGCCAACCUGAAACGACACAUGCUGAUCCACGCCAGCGUCCGGCCCUUCCAGUGCCACGUGUGCUUCAAGACCUUUGUCCAGAAGCAGACCCUUAAAACGCACAUGAUUGUCCACCUGCCAGUCAAGCCUUUCAAAUGCAAGGUGUGCGGGAAGUCGUUCAACAGAAUGUACAACCUCCUCGGCCACAUGCACCUCCACGCCGGCAGCAAGCCCUUCAAGUGCCCUUACUGCACCAGCAAGUUCAACCUGAAGGGCAACCUCAGCCGACACAUGAAGGUCAAACACGGCAUUAUGGACACCUCCAUAGACGGACAAGAACCUCCCCAGGACACCGAGGGCCAGGAGGACUAUGAGGAGGAGAGCUAUGAUUUCAGCGAGCGAGAAAACCGGGCUAACAACAACAACACACCAGAAGUUGCUAAACAAUCUCAAAUGGAGUAUUACAGCACGUAUGGGAAGGGCGCGGGGCGUUUCAGCACGGCAUGAAUUAUUAAAAUCGCCGCCAAUUGAGUAGAAGUGUGAACUAAUGAAAACUGGACUGGUUGUAGUCUUUUUGGUGUUAAAGGCAUCGUGUUGUGCUUUUAGGGGCGCGAUGCCCAGCAAACUGCACAGUCACAUGCACUGGAAUCGCUCACAAUGCCACAAAAAUUUGGAAAUGUAUACUUUUUACCUAAUUUCAUAUUUUUCAUCUUUGAAACACUGCAGAUCUACUGAAUAAAUAUAUUAUAUUUGAGACUGUCUAAAAGCAGACUAACAUAGGAGCCUUUAGGUAAAAAUCAUAUCUAUACAAAUGCAUAUAUGUCAUCAGUUGCUGAAAAACUGAACCGAAAUUGAGAAGCACACUCUUAGCUACAAGCAGAAAAGCAAAUAUUGACAUUAUACUGCACUUACUAGUUGGACAAUCCCGGCCUGCGUUUGCUGGGGUUAACUAAUGUGAAGGGUUCGACAGGGGAACAAGUGUUACUACUCAUUUCACUUGCCAAAGCUUAUGAAGCGCAGAGGUUGAUAGUUCAUUUUUAGUUAUACUGUGAUAAAUUUGAUGUCUGCAAAAUGAAUGAUGUUCCAUUGGAUUUGCAAUCUCUGUUUUAUUGUAUAUUACUGUACAGAAUGUAUCGGCCCUCUUGUACGCCGGCUGGUACUCUGGACCACUGUGUCAACUUUUUAUGUUUCUGCAUUAACAAGCAUCACCUUGUAUUGAUUCUAGUCUAUGAAUGUAAUUGUUUCUGUGGAAUGUUUUUAAACACUAAUGAAAAGAAAAUCAAAGCUCCCUUUUUAACAGUAGGACCCCGUUACCAAAGAAUUGGAUGACGUCUCGCAGCCAGAGCCACCGUCAGUUUCUUUUCCUUGCUGUUGUGUUAUGCUGGGACAUUGGAUUUCUUUUGGGUCCAAUCACAGACCUUGUGAAAUUACAUUCAGGUUCCCCUCCCACCCAUCUCUAGAUCCUUUCAAAAGAUUACCACAGAGAACAGUGUGUGGUUCAGCCUCUGUUCCGACAACCCUCACCAUUUCCCCCUGCACAGGCCUUCGGCAGACUGCAGCAUUUUACAAAAGCAAAUGCGAACCCUGCAUUUGUAUGAGCGCCUUUUUUUUUUUUUUUCAAAUGGAUGAAUCUCAACAAGAACUGUCCCAAAAAACUUGGACAGAAAUAUUAAGUGCCCCAGUGUGUCUGCGAGAGCAUGCCAUCCAUCACGCUGUACACCGGUCUCAAGUGAUGAACGACAGCCCCCCAACAUGUGACAAGGCCAUGGACCUCACGGAAAAUGAUUUGGGAAAUGCUCAAUAUAUUCAUUUUCCCAAUGCUUAGCUUUUCAGACUUGUAACCGGCGAACAAGUUAUCCAUUUGCAAAGUUAAUAGAGCGUAUUUAAAACAGUUAAAAAAAAAAAAAACAUG